UGAAUUUUUGUACUAUAAUUUGUCAACGACGAUUGCAUUGACGUGAUACGAAUGCUAAAGGAAAGAAACAAUAUAAUUUUAGUUACAGUCUGGCUUUAAAGUGUAAGAGCAUGUGUUUAUGUACAUCGGCCAGAUCAUCAGGUCAUCAUAUGACGACCUGGAUAUCCGCCGAUUAUAAGCAGUUAUCAGUGUUCCCACGAAACGUACGUGAGAUAUGAUAAUGAGCGAAGUUCAAACUACAGAUUGAUUUUACCAGAAAGAAAAUUUUACAAUAUAACAUAAAGUGACUACUAAAGAAAAAACGUCGUUCCAUUUCUUGAGUCCUUAUCCAGAUCAUUCAAAAAAUCUAUAAUCGAUCUACGGCCUCAAUCAUUAAAAACCUUAUUUUAUAACGUUAUAAAAUCACUCUGUUCCAUAACCCUGCUAUACCAUAAAAUCUAUUUAAGAAUUCUUUAUGACAAUACUUAUGGCUACUUCAUUUACACCAUUUUUUUUAUUUCCAUCAAAUCAUGUAAAAUCGGAUCCCAGACUAUGUAAAUUCUGUCAUUGUUUUCUGCUUAAGAGUGUCAAGUCACUUGGAAAUUCACGUGGCAGGCAUACUCGCAUUACGAAUAUACUGCACCCCGUUAACAUUAACGAAAAUGUAAUAGGUAAUUUCAAAAUGACCAGGUCAUCAAGAGUCUUUAUGAAAAGAGCUGUUCGUUAGGUGAUCGAUAUUGCAUAAAAUAAAGGAAAUGCAAAGAUUGACGCUUGUAGAUGACUGUCAAUUUUCGGAAGCAGUCACCAAGUUUCCAUCGACGUAUGUACUUGAUUAAGUGUCUAAUAGCGUACUGAUAUCAUCUAUUAGCGAUUCUAAUAGAACGCCAAUACAUCUAUGAAUUAUUUGCGUGAACCUCGUGAACCAAGGUGAAAUGGAAGGGAGUAGCUUGCAGGUACGGCUGUGUCGCCGAUAUAAGAGCCAGAGGAGCUCAGGAAGUCCAGACAGUCCGGUGGUGGUUCAUCGACUGAAACUCAUUAAACUGAGUCAUAAAUUAAGGUUUCAGAAAGAGAAUUGGUACUGUGAAAAUGAGUAGUGCUGCUGCUCCUGAAGUGGUACCGGGAUCGGUGGCUGCAGUGGCUGCAGCUGGCCUUUCGGCAUCCACAGUUUUCUUUGCUCUCCUCAUCCCAGCCCUGGUACUGUACUACGUCUACUUCAGGAUCUCGCGUCGUCAUCUCCUGGAACUCGCUGAGAAGAUUCCGGGCCCUCAAGGAUACCCCGUGAUUGGAAAUGCUCUGGAUUUCAUUGGAAGUUCUGACACAAUCUUCAAGAACAUUUACCAAAAGUCCUUCGAAUUCGAUCAAGUGAUCAAGAUAUGGAUUGGACCUAAGCUUGUCAUCUUCCUGAUGGACCCACGUGACGUGGAGAUCAUCCUCUCGAGUCACGUUUACAUCGACAAAUCCGACGAGUACAGAUUCUUCAAGCCUUGGCUUGGAAAUGGUCUCCUCAUCUCCACGGGACCAAAAUGGCGUGCUCACCGUAAACUGAUUGCGCCCACUUUCCACUUGAACGUCCUGAAGAGCUUCAUCGACCUCUUCAAUGCCAACUCUCGUGCCGUCGUUGAGAAGAUGCGUCGGGAACAAGGCAAGGAGUUUGAUUGCCACGAUUACAUGUCUGAACUGACUGUUGAGAUCCUCUUGGAAACUGCAAUGGGUGUCUCUAAGACCACCCAGGAACGAAGUGGAUUCGAAUAUGCCAUGGCCGUCAUGAAGAUGUGCGACAUUCUUCACUUGCGUCACACCAAAGUCUGGCUCCGACCUGACUGGCUGUUCAACCUGACCAAAUACGGUAAGGAUCAAAUUCAGCUUCUUGAAAUCAUCCACGGGCUCACCAAGAGAGUCAUCAAGCGUAAGAAGGAAGAGUACAAGACUGGCAAGCGCAGUGUGAUCAAUCCUGCUGUGGCUACUAUCCAAUCAGAAAUGAAGGCUGCUGCGAAGGGCAAGGAGUCCAAGAACUCCAGUACAACUGUAGUCGAAGGACUGUCAUUCGGUCAGUCUGCUGGUCUCAAGGAUGACUUGGACGUCGAUGACAAUGAUGUCGGUGAGAAGAAGAGGCUUGCUUUCCUGGAUCUCCUGAUCGAAGCUGGUCAAAACGGAGUAGUCCUCACCGACGAGGAAGUUAAGGAACAGGUCGACACCAUCAUGUUCGAGGGACACGAUACUACGGCUGCUGGAUCCAGCUUCUUCCUUUCAAUGAUGGGAACUCACCCUGACAUCCAAGAGAGAGUCAUCCAGGAGUUGGAUGAGAUCUUCGGCGACAGUGACAGACCCGCCACUUUCCAGGACACCCUGGAGAUGAAGUAUCUUGAACGUUGCCUCAUGGAGACUCUUCGCAUGUAUCCACCUGUACCAAUAAUUGCUCGUGAAUUGAAGACAGAUCUCAAGCUAGCAUCCGGAGACUACACCGUACCCGCUGGAGCAACCGUAGUCAUCACGACCUUCAAGAUGCACCGACAGCCCAAUAUUUAUCCUAACCCGGAUAAUUUCGAUCCGGACAACUUCCUUCCCGAGAAGACUGCAAACCGCCAUUAUUAUGCAUUUGUACCAUUCUCUGCUGGACCAAGAUCUUGCGUCGGCCGUAAAUACGCCAUGCUCAAGCUGAAGAUUGUCCUCUCGACCAUCCUGAGGAACUUCCGUAUCAGAUCUGACAUCAAGGAGUCUGACUUCAGGCUACAGGCUGAUAUCAUCCUGAAGAGAGCAGAGGGUUUCAAGAUCAGGCUGGAACCAAGGAAACCAGGUAUCAAGGCCUGAGCGAGUUUAUCAAUAGCUUCGUUUUGCUCUCCCCGAUC